GCACUGUCCGGAGCUGCAGGAGGCCAUGGCUAGUAAAAACUGACGUGGAAAAAGUGACAGAGCUGGAGGGAAAACUACGCGAAAAAGUUUUUAAAUCUACUUUCAUUAAUUUCCCUCGUUGUCUCUUGUCUUCUCUGUCCCGACACAAUGAGCCUGGACAAAGCAGAGCUUUGUGACUCUCUGCUAAUUUGGCUACAGACAUUUCAGGUACCAUCAUGUAAUAGCAAGUAUGACCUGACCAGUGGAGUGGCCAUUGCACAUGUGCUUCAUAGAAUUGACCCCUCUUGGUUUAACGAGACCUGGCUAGGCAGGAUUAAAGAGGAGAACGGGGCUAACUGGCGCCUCAAGGUCAGCAAUUUGAAAAAGAUUUUGAAGAGCAUGCUGGAAUAUUACCAUGAUAUACUGGGACACCAGAUCUCAGACGAGCACCUCCCAGAUGUGACCCUCAUUGGAGAGAUGGGAGAUGUGACUGAAUUGGGAAAACUGGUGCAGCUUGUUCUGGGCUGUGCAGUCAGCUGUGAGAAGAAGGAUGAGCAAAUCCAGCAGAUAAUGACAUUGGAGGAGUCUGUGCAGCAUGUUGUGAUGACUGCCAUUCAGGAGCUGUUAUCAAAAGAGCCCAUGUCUGAACCCGGAAGCCCUGACACAUAUGGAGACUUUGACUACCAGUCCAGGAAGUAUUAUUUUCUGAGCGAGGAGACGGAUGAGAAGGAAGACUUGAGCCAGCGUUGUAGAGCUCUGCAGCAUCAGUUGUCUAUGGUUUUGGAAGAGAAGUCCUUGCUUCAGGCUGAGACCCGUUCCCUCAAAGACAAACUGAACCGCUCAGAGUCCCUGGACUCCACCACUACAGCCAUCACAGGCAAGAAACUCCUGCUGCUACAGAGCCAGAUGGAGCAGCUGCAAGAAGAGAACUACAGAUUGGAGAACAGUAGAGAUGACUUGAGGGUGCGUAGUGACAUCCUGGAGAGGGAGGUUCUGGAUCUGCAGCAGAGGAACGAGGAGCUGACUAGUCUGGCUGAGGAGGCCCAGUCCCUCAAAGACGAAAUGGACAUACUCAGGCACUCGUCGAGCCGGGUGAGCCAGCUGGAGGCUCUGGUGGAGACGUACAAGAGGAAGCUGGAGGACUUGGGUGACCUGAGGCGACAGGUGCGCCUCCUAGAGGAGCGUAACACUGUCUACAUGCAGCGCACCUGCGAGCUGGAGGAGGAGCUGAGGAGGGCCAAUGCUGUGCGCAACCAGCUCGACACCUACAAGAGGCAGGCUCACGAGCUUCACACCAGGCACUCUGCAGAAGCCAUGAAAGCUGAGAAGUGGCAGUUUGAGUACAAGAACCUUCACGACAAAUACGACGCGCUGCUCAAGGAGAAAGAACGUCUUCUCUCUGAGCGGGACACGCUGAGGGAGACUAAUGAUGAGCUCAGGUGUGCACAGGUCCAACAGAGGUGUCUCAGUGAAGCAGGAUCCCUCGGUGACACUGGAGGAGCUGGUAGCCUGGCCUCAGAAAUCAUGCCCACGGAGCUCAAGGAAACAGUGGUCCGUCUGCAGAGUGAAAACAAGAUGCUGUGUGCUCAGGAGGAGACGUAUAGACAGAAGUUGGUGGAAGUUCAGGCCGAGCUGGAGCAGUCCCAGCGUAUUAACAACACCCUGGAGACUCAGAACAGGUUGAAUCAGCAGCAAAUCACCGAACUGCGCUGUCAAAUUGAGGAGAUGCAGAAAGCCCUCCAUGAGCAGGACAGCAAGAAUGAGGAUUCCUCCCUUUUGAAGAAAAAGCUUGAGGAACAUUUAGAGAAGCUUCAUGAGGCCCAUUCAGAUCUGCAGAAAAAGAGGGAGGUCAUUGAUGACUUGGAGCCAAAAGUGGACAGCAGCAUGGCAAAAAAAAUUGAUGAGCUUCAAGAGAUUUUGCGCAAAAAAGAUGAGGACAUGAAGCAGAUGGAGGAGCGCUACAAGAAGUACAUGGAGAAAGCGAGAACGGUGAUUAAAACCCUGGAUCCAAAAAAGCAGCCAGGUGGGCCAGACGUCCAGGCUCUGAAGAACCAACUGUCCGAGCGAGAGAGGAAGAUCCAGCACCUGGAGCACGAUAAUGAGAAGAGCAGAGCCAGGUAUGACCAAGAGGAGAAGCUCAUCAUCUCCGCCUGGUACAACAUGGGCAUGGCGUUGCACCAGAGUGUAGCUGGAGAUCGGCUCACAUCGCCCCAUCAGAACAUGUCCUUCUUGGCCCAGCAGAGGCAAUACACCAAUGCCAGGAGAGGCCUGAUCCGCCACCAGCCCAGAUAACCUUCUCACAAACUGGACAAACAUGAACAAACUUGAAAUAACGUGACUUCACCUCAAAGCAUUCUGUCUGCCUUUAGUGCACCUCAGACGUCUUAAAUGCUGCUACUGCCCCCUGCUGGCAGACGUUUGAACAUUUUCUCUCUGGACCCACAGAAGAGCUGCUGUUUUUUUUCUCUCUAGAAACAGCCUUAUGUUACCUUCUAAGGUAGCUUUUUAUUUCUUUUUGUCUAUUUUAUAUUAUUCAUUCUCAUGUUGUAAUGGUGAAAUGUGAAUUUAAAAUUACUAUAGAGCAGAGGAGCUAGUAGAAUCUAAAAUGAUUGCUAUUACUGGAGACAGGGUAACUGGAUAGCAAUGGAGUAUCAUGCUACAAAUCACUUAUAACGAUGCAUCAUCCUUAGUUGUUGGUACAUUUACUGGUGUGUUUUUGUUUUGGGUUGUUUUGUUUUUUUUGUCUAGUGUGUUAUACGUGUUGGUCUGUGUUUUAAAUAUGAUAUUAAUGUAUGACAUAUAAGGAUGUUUAAAUUUCACCAAAGCACUUUCCUGGGAUCGAGGGUUUAUCCCGUACCUCGCAAUUUCUUAAUUUAUUGCAUACUGCUCCCAAAAAUGUUAGAAUGCUGUUCUCCUGUCUCAAUUGUAAAAACUAGAUACAAUCUGUAUUGCAAGAUUCUGUGAAUUAAUGAGUUUGUAAAGAUUUCUCCCAAAGAAGGUGCUGGUUAUGGGCCUAAUUGCACUCACCACUUUUUGAAUUUCUAGCCACUUUAGUGAGAUGACAAAUAAGCAGCUAAAACCUUUCAACAGUGCCCAGACUGGAAUGUUAACUUUUAAUCCAGUUUGUAAACUACUACUAAUAAUAGAGCUGUUUGUUUUCAAUGUAGACUAAAGUCUAUUUGCCUCACUAAAGAUUUUUUUUGUCUUCACUUGCUUUUUCAACUUCUAGUCAGUAAUGUGCCCCAUAACUAUGGCUGUAACUUGUACUUGAUCCCUGUGUCCAUUAAUCUACACAGACCAAAGCAAUGCAUUGUGUGCACACAUUUUAUGUUUGCAGUGUCAGAGCUUUCUAUUUACACUGGAUUUUUUUUGCUGGUCAGGAGUUGUGUGGAUUUACACUGGAGUUUGAAACAAGUUCAAUAUUUGUAGUUCUACUUUUGCACUACAAAUAAAUGGGAUUUUGGAGGAUAAGAUGUUUU